GUUCCAAACCAAGAGGAGAAGGAUUUCCGAAGUCUUCACAGAGACCACAAUUAAACCACUGCAGGGAGGGAGACCUUCCAGCACCACCACCAUGAAGGAAACUACUGACAAUGUCUCUCUGCACGAUGCCAGCUGGAGCCAGACCAAGACCCAGGAUACUAUUUUUCACACUGAAGAAGAUAACAGUCUUUAUUUCACAUACAGUGGAAAAUCAAAUGUUCUGGAGGUCAAAGAUCUCAACUACCAGGUUAACAUGGCAUCCCAGAUUCCCUGGUAUGAGAACCUUGCUCAAAUGAAAAUGCCCUGGACCUGGAAAUCAGAUCCCCGUUCCCACGUGUCAGUAAUCCAAAAUCUGAAUCUAAAAGUGCGAAGUGGUCAGAUGCUUGCAGUUAUAGGAAGCACUGCUGGUGGAAAGACAUCCUUGCUUGACGUGAUAACCUGCCGGGAUCAUGGAGGCAAAAUCAAGUCUGGUCAAGUCACGAUCAACAACAAACCCAUCACUCCCCAGCUUGUUAGGAAAUGCAUAGCACACGUGAGGCAGGAUGACCGACUGCUCCCCCACCUGACUGUCAGAGAAACACUAUUGUUCGUUGCCAAACUGCGCCUUCCAAAGUUUUUUUCAGACUCACAAAGGAAAAAAAGGGUGGAAGAUGUGAUCGCAGAGCUCCGCCUGCGGCAGUGCGCCAACACCCGGGUGGGGAACGAGUACCUGCGGGGCGUGUCCGGGGGAGAGCGGCGCAGGGUGAGCAUCGGCGUGCAGCUGCUCUGGAACCCGGGAAUACUCAUACUUGAUGAACCCACAUCUGGACUGGACAGUUUUACUGCACAUAACCUUGUGAUUACAUUAUCCAGACUGGCCAGAGGAAACAGAUUGGUUCUUCUUUCACUUCAUCAGCCUCGGUCAGAUAUCUUCCAACUGUUUGAUUUGGUUCUUCUGAUGACUUCUGGACUCACUGCCUACUGUGGAACAGCUAAAGACAUGGUCCAGUAUUUCACAGAACUAGGCUAUCCUUGCCCAAGGUACAGCAAUCCUGCAGAUUUCUACGUUGACUUUACCAGUAUCGAUAAACAGACUGCAGAAAAGGAGAUGGAAAGCCGAAAAAGAGCAAAUGCUCUUGCCAACUUGUUUGUAGAAAAGGUCAAACAUUUUGAUGAUUUCUUAUGGAAAGCUACUGAAGGAGACAACGCUGAGACCACAGUCAUCAAGCAGAGGAAUUCAGAAGAGGUUAUCAAUAUGCCUCACCAUUCAAGUGAUCAAUUACCAGGAGCCUUAAAGCAGUUCACUAUAUUAUUAAGUCGUCAGGUCUCCAAUGACUUCAGAGAUCUUUCAACAUUAUUAAUCCAUGGAUUUGAAGCCCUUCUUAUGUCAUUACUAAUUGGAUUUUUGUACUAUGGCCAUGAAAAAAACGGACUCUCUAUUCGUGACACAACAGCACUGCUGUACAUGAUAGGUGCCCUAAUCCCAUUCACAAUAAUUUUGGAUGUUAUUGCCAAAUGUCAUUCAGAAAGAGCAAUGCUUUAUCAUGACUUGGAAGGUGGAAUGUACUCUGUUAGCCCAUACUUCUUUGCUAAGAUUUUGGGGGAGCUCCCAGAACACUGCGUUUUUGUUAUAAUUUAUGGGGUUCCCAUCUACUGGCUGGCAAACCUUGUUCCUGAGGCAGAGCAUUUCCUGCUGAACUUCCUGUUGUUGUGGUUGGCUGUUUACAGUGCCCGUGCCAUGGCACUUUGGGUGGCAGCUCUGCUGCCGACGUUACAGCUCUCGGCCUUCCUUGGCAAUGUCCUCUUCACAUCAUUCUACCUGAGUGGUGGUUUUGUGAUAAGCCUAAACAGCCUCUGGACAGGUGACAGUGCAGUCAGGUCAUCCAUUUUACAUUUACAUUUUACAGUUUCUCCAUCUGAAAAUGAGGCAACGAGAAGUUUGGUCAAAAAAACACUAAUGAAAGGCUAGCUUCUUAUGUGAUUGCUAAAUUCUUCAGUAAAAAAAACUGUAUUCAAGAGACGAAGAUGGAGCUCCAGGAAGACUUAGUUGACAGGGGGAGUUUGAUGGAUAUGGAUAUUAGCUAACUCCUGAUUUCCCAUCUCCAUGUAACUAUGUAAAGUAUAUCUGCCAUUUUGUCCCAUAAUAAACUGUCACAUGUUUACAGCCUCUGGCUGUCAAGAAGUGAGACAAACCUGCUGUAUUUGGCAGCAGCACAGCAGUAUUCGAGGUCUCAAGUUUUGUGUAUGUGUAUCAAUUUCUGUCAUUUUCUU